UGUCGAGUGAGUGUAGAUUAUCUGCCUGGACAGACAAUCCAAUAACGACCAUUGAUUGUAUUCUAGAAGAGAUGGUGGGAGGCGCCUUCCUCCUCGUCUCCAACUCUCCCCCAGAACAUUCCCGACUUGCUGAUCUGCUGAAAGCCUCGAGCGUACUGGCAGGCGACACCAGAAGCUCUUGCACAUCGCCACAGAGAGAAAGACAUCUCGAAGCAGAGGCUGCUUUUAUCUCCCGCGUCAGUCAGUCAGUAGGAUCAGGUACACUGCGCAGCGCCGCGUGGGACUCGAGCUGUACUUCACCAACAACCAGACAGCAGUUCCAGUCCAGAGUCUGGAGGCAGCAGACAUUAACACUGUGGAGCAGAGCGGAACGAGCUGAUCCUUCUCUCCCGGUCCCGACCUGGUCCUUACGGAACUGACCAGUUCAGAGAGAGAUGAGAGAUGAUUAAAUAAUGUGGAUUAUAUAGUCACUCACUGGAUACAACAGCUGAACACGACGCGGUUGCAAAAGGAUUUAGACUUGAAGACUGAAGAGAUCGUUUCGGGGGGAUAUCUCUCUGCCCGGGUGGAAGAGGGCUCAGGCAGGCUGCUUGUUGGGAUUUGAUUUUAGAACUGCAUAAUAUUACAACUACGACACUUCUAUGCGGAUGUACAUAUAUAGUGUUUUUGGAGCAGUUUUGAGGAAAAGUUUUGUUUAUUUUUAUGGUGAUAAUUAACUCUUAUAAAGGAUCGCUGUCAAAACGGAAUUACACAGAAAGGAUCACACUCCUUGGGACAGUGAGAGGUAUAUCUGGGGUUGUUUCUAUGGUGACGGAGGCAGUGAUUCUGUUGGAUACCCAUGAUGCACCGGUACGAUGCCUGAGUCGGAGACAGGUCUAGUAGCUCAGCACAUCACUGUGGAGACCAGAGGAAUAGUUGCUAUGUGGUGUUCUCUCUGGCUGUCCCUCCUCCUAUACCCUCUCUCCGUCUCUACAGCCAGAUUACCCACAGUUCUGCCAACAGACUCUGUGUUCCUGGAGGACUAUGUGGUCUCUACUGGGGACACCCUGGAUCUGUCCUGUAACCCCAACGGUCCCGCCCAAGCUGUCCUCUGGUUCAAGGAUGGCAGCGGCCUGUUGCCUAGCAACCGGACGCGAGUGGACCAGAGGGUUCUACGCAUCAUCAACGUGUCUUACGAGGACUCCGGCAUGUACUCCUGCCACGUCACUCACGACAACAACCUGCUCAGCAACUACACAAUCAGAGUGACAGAUCCCCUGUCUUCUGGAGAUGAUGAAGACCAUGAUGAAGACUGGGACGAUACAGAAGGCCCGUAUUGGACCAGACCGGAUCGCAUGGAGAAGAAGCUCCUCGCUAUCCCAGCCGCCAAUACCGUCAAAUUUCGUUGCGCUGCCGCUGGAAACCCCACGCCCUCCAUCCAUUGGCUGAAGAAUGGGAAGGAGUUUAAGGGUGAACAGAGGAUGGGCGGGAUCAAGCUAAGGCACCAGCAGUGGAGUCUGGUGAUGGAGAGUGCUGUCCCUUCAGACCGUGGGAACUACACCUGUGUUGUACAGAACAAGUACGGCACCAUCACCCACAGCUACCAGCUAGACGUGCUAGAGCGCUCCCCUCACAGGCCCAUCCUCCAGGCAGGUCUUCCAGCCAAUCAGACAGUGGUAUUGGGCAGUAAUGUGGAGUUCCACUGUAAGGUGUACAGCGAUGCCCAGCCUCACAUCCAGUGGCUGAAGCACAUUGAGGUGAACGGAUCCCGGUAUGGUCCCGACGGUGUCCCAUACGUCAACAUACUCAAGAGUCUAGUGAGCAGGAGAACAGAGGUUGAUGUUAUACUGGCUGUGUUGAAUGUGACCGAAGCUGAUGCCGGGAAGUACUGGUGUCGAGCAUCUAACUUUGUAGGAAAGUCAGAAAACGCCUUCUGGCUCACGGUACACAGACCAAGUAAACCAGCGCUGCACGAUGGUGACAAGGAGGAUGACUAUGCUGACAUCCUGAUCUAUGUGACGGGCUGCGUGCUGUUCAUCCUGGCCGUCGUCAUCAUCAUCCUCUGUCGUAUGAGGAUGUCUACCCAGAAGACCCUGCCCUCCCCACCCAUCCAGAAACUCUCCAAGUUCCCCUUAAAGAGACAGCAGGUUUCCUUGGAGUCUAACUCCUCCAUGAACUCCAACACACCAUUGGUCAGGAUUGCACGUCUGUCAUCCAGCGAUGGACCAAUGCUGUCCAACGUCUUGGAGCUGGAGCUUCCGUCAGACCCCAAAUGGGAGUUCUCUAGGACUAGGCUAACGUUGGGUAAACCUCUGGGAGAAGGCUGCUUCGGUCAGGUGGUAAUGGCGGAGGCCAUCGGGAUCGACAAGGAGAAACCCAACAAGCCCCUGGACGUCGCUGUGAAAAUGCUCAAAGACGACGCCACAGAUAAGGACCUGUCAGACCUGGUCUCAGAGAUGGAGAUGAUGAAGAUGAUUGGAAAACACAAAAACAUCCUCAACCUGCUGGGAGCAUGUACACAGGAUGGUCCCCUGUACGUGUUGGUGGAGUACGCUUCCAAAGGGAACCUGAGGGAGUACCUGAGAGCCCGUCGGCCCCCAGGGACGGACUACUCCUUCGACACCUGUAAGAUCCCUGACGAGCAGCUCACCUUUAAAGACCUGGUGUCCUGUGCCUACCAGGUGGCGCGUGGCAUGGAGUACCUGGCCUCACAGAAGUGUAUCCAUAGAGAUCUGGCAGCCAGGAACGUCCUGGUAACCGAGGAGAACGUGAUGAAGAUUGCAGACUUCGGUCUGGCCAGAGAUGUGCACAACAUAGACUACUACAAGAAGACUACUAAUGGUCGUCUACCCGUGAAAUGGAUGGCUCCAGAGGCGCUGUUCGACCGCGUCUACACGCACCAGAGCGAUGUGUGGUCGUAUGGGGUGCUGCUCUGGGAGAUAUUUACCUUGGGAGGGUCCCCGUACCCCGGCAUCCCUGUAGAGGAGCUGUUCAAACUGCUGAAGGAGGGCCACCGCAUGGACAAACCUGCCAACUGCACACAUGAACUAUAUAUGAUCAUGAGGGAGUGCUGGCACGCUGUCCCAUCUCAGAGACCUACCUUCAGGCAGCUGGUGGAGGACCAUGACAGGGUUCUGUCCAUGACCUCCACAGACGAGUACCUGGACUUGUCUGUUCCGUUUGAGCAGUACUCUCCAACCUGCCAAGACUCCAGCAGCACCUGUUCCUCAGGAGAUGACUCUGUGUUCUCCCACGACCCCCUCCCCACGACCCCCUCCCUAACCAACCUUGCCUCCCCAUGAACCCCUCCCUGACCAACCCUGCCUCCCCACGACCCCCUUCUCACAACCCCCUCCCUGAACAACCCUGCCUCCCCAAAAUUAGGGGGGAAUAACCUUGUCAAACUGCUGCAGAUUUACAUGGCAAUCAGGACAUAGGUGGGGCUGGAUGGGGAGAGAGGGGGAGGCUCCCCCGAGACACCUCUCAGCGUCAUACUUUGAGCCUCCUCCAGAUAUGAGGAAGAGAACAGCCCAUGCAAUACAUCCUCAAAUGGACCCAUUUUUUAAGAAUCUUUGCAUUGAAGGUUGGACAAUUUUUUGCCGCCAAAAACUCUUUUUUUUUUUCUUAAAAAUGAAAAUGUAUAUUUUUUGUACUUGGCCAGUCUUUAGUUAUUGACAAUCCGAAAGGUCAAACCAUUCAGUGCCUACAGGAACCUAACUCUAACCCACAGGACUGGGAGGAGAUUGACACAAGGACAUGAACACCAUUAACCAGGGAGGCAGGGCAUCUAUAACGCCAUUGGCCAUGAAAGCAGGGAAUCUAUAACGCCAUUGGCCAGGGAGGCAGGGUAUCUAUAACGCCAUUGGCCAGGGAGGCAGGGUAUCUAUAACGCCAUUGGCCUCGAAAGCAGGGAAUCUUUAGCGCCAUUGGCCAGGGAGGCAGGGUAUCUAUAACGCCAUUGGCCAGGGAGAAAGGGUAUCUAUAACGCCAUUGGCCAGGGAGGCAGGGUAUCUAUAACGCCAUUGGCCAGGGAGGCAGGGUAUCUAUAACGCCAUUGGCCAGGGAGGCAGGAUAUCUAUAACGCCAUUGGCCAGGGAGGCAGGGUAUCUAUAACGCCAUUAGCCAGGGAGGCAGGGUAUCUAUAACGCCAUUGGCCAGGGAGGCAGGGUAUCUAUAACGCCAUUGGCCAGGAGGCAUGGUAUUUAUAACGCCAUUGGCCAGGGAGGCAGGGUAUCUAUAACGCCAUUGGCCAGGGAGGCAGGGUAUCUAUAACGCCAUUAGCCAGGGAGGCAGGGUAUCUAUAACGCCAUUGGCCAGGGAGGCAGGGUAUCUAUAACGCCAUUGGCCAGGGAGGCAGGGUAUCUAUAACGCCAUUGGCCAGGGAGACAUGGUAUCUAUAACGCCAUUGGCCAGGGAGGCUGGGUCUCUUUACCUCUCCUCAGUGGAGUACACGGGAACUCGUUUUUGCAAAUGUGCAGCAUACCAGCAGAGCCAGAAUCAACAAAAUUAUGUGACUAGUUCUUCCAAUAACAGUUAGUGCUUUACUCCAAGAUCCCUCACCCUCACCUCUGUUGAAUCAUCUCAACCAUCAUGCAACAGAAUGGGACUACAAUACAACAAUCUGAACCAGGACUGUAACAGAAGUCUCUGCUGUUUGAAACUGAUGGGAACCAAGCUGUAGUCAGACCCUUCAACAGGAGGGAAAUAUAGAACCAAUCUCUCUGAUGGGAACCAAGCUGUAGUCAGACCCUUCAACAGGAGGGAAAUAUAGAACCAGUCUCUCUGAUGGGAACCAAGCUGUAGUCAGACCCUUCAACAGGAGGGAAAUAUAGAACCAAUCUCUGAUGGGAACCAAGCUGCAGUCAGACCCUUCAACAGGAGGGAAAUAUAGAACCAGUCUCUCUGAGGCAGGGUAUCUAUAACGCCAUUAGCCAGGGAGGCAGGGUAUCUAUAACGCCAUUGGCCAGGAAGGCAGGGUAUCUAUAACGCCAUUGGCCAGGGAGGCAUGGUAUUUAUAACGCCAUUGGCCAGGGAGGCAGGGUAUCUAUAACGCCAUUGGCCAGGGAGGCAGGGUAUCUAUAACGCCAUUAGCCAGGGAGGCAGGGUAUCUAUAACGCCAUUGGCCAGGGAGGCAGGGUAUCUAUAACGCCAUUGGCCAGGGAGGCAGGGUAUCUAUAACGCCAUUGGCCAGGGAGACAUGGUAUCUAUAACGCCAUUGGCCAGGGAGGCUGGGUCUCUUUACCUCUCCUCAGUGGAGUACACGGGAACUCGUUUUUGCAAAUGUGCAGCAUACCAGCAGAGCCAGAAUCAACAAAAUUAUGUGACUAGUUCUUCCAAUAACAGUUAGUGCUUUACUCCAAGAUCCCUCACCCUCACCUCUGUUGAAUCAUCUCAACCAUCAUGCAACAGAAUGGGACUACAAUACAACAAUCUGAACCAGGACUGUAACAGAAGUCUCUGCUGUUUGAAACUGAUGGGAACCAAGCUGUAGUCAGACCCUUCAACAGGAGGGAAAUAUAGAACCAAUCUCUCUGAUGGGAACCAAGCUGUAGUCAGACCCUUCAACAGGAGGGAAAUAUAGAACCAGUCUCUCUGAUGGGAACCAAGCUGUAGUCAGACCCUUCAACAGGAGGGAAAUAUAGAACCAAUCUCUGAUGGGAACCAAGCUGCAGUCAGACCCUUCAACAGGAGGGAAAUAUAGAACCAGUCUCUCUGAUGGGAACCAAGCUGUAGUCAGACCCUUCAACAGGAGGGAAAUAUAGAACCAGUCUCUCUGAUGGGAACCAAGCUGUAGUCAGACCCUUCAACAGGAGGGAAAUAUAGAACCAAUCUCUCUGAUGGGAACCAAGCUGUAGUCAGACCCUUCAACAGGAGGGAAAUAUAGAACCAAUAUCUCUGAUGGGAACCAAGCUGCAGUCAGACCCUUCAACAGGAGGGAAAUAUAGAACCAAUCUCUGAUGGGAACCAAGCUGCAGUCAGACCCUUCAACGGGAGGGAAAUAUAGAACCAAUCUCUCUGAUGGGAACCAAGCUGUAGUCAGACCCUUCAACAGGAGGGAAAUAUAAUUGGGGGUGUUUCUAUGUAUCUUUAAAACGUUUUCAUUGUAAAUAUAUAAAUGCAAAUAUGUAUCAUAUUGCUGUCAACAGCCAUGUGCUUAAAAUGAGAUGUUUUUUCAUCUAAAAUAUUGUUUUAGAAUCAAAGCAUUGCAAUCUAGAAUACACUGUCAUGAUCAUGUAAUAAUUUAAAGUGAUACAAAAGGUUUAUUUGAAUUAUUAACAUGUAUAUUUGUAAAGAUAUUUAUAGACUUAACAUGUAGUUCAUAAGUUAGAACAAUCUUGUUCAGGAUUUAGUACUGUCAGCAAAGAUGUUUUAUUUAUUUUUCUGUAACUUAUUUAAAGCAGAACAAUAUUAUUUUCACGACUGGCAGAUUUUAUUUCUCUUAUUUUUCAUCCAUCUUGUUUUGUUUACAGUAAAAAAAAAAGAAUGUAUGAAAGAUUUAAAGCAAUUUUAAUGAGCAGAGUAGGACAAGGAAACUGAAUUUGAUUAAAUGUAAAUCUAGGGAGUGAAA